GUCUGGGCCAGCAAGAGUGGGGGAAAAAAGCCCUGCAAAAAGUUGAGAAUUUUCGCAAACCGAUGUUGUGGGAUGCCGAUGCAUUGAACCUGCUGGCAAUCAAUCCCGAUAAGCGUCACAAUCGCGUGAUCACGCCGCAUCCUGGCGAGGCCGCACGGUUGUUAGGCUGUUCCGUCGCUGAAAUUGAAAGUGACCGCUUACAUUGCGCCAAACGUCUGGUACAACGUUAUGGCGGCGUAGCGGUGCUGAAAGGUGCCGGAACCGUGGUCGCCGCCCAUCCUGACGCUUUAGGCAUUAUUGAUGUCGGAAAUGCAGGCAUGGCGAGCGGCGGCAUGGGCGAUGUGCUCUC